AUGGCUUGCCCGCACGUCUCUGGGCUCGCUGCCAGAAUGUACGAGGCGUACCCAUCGGCGGGGUCCAUGACCGCUGCGCAACGGUGGGCCCUCCUGAAGGCCACGAACUGCACUGGUUGUGUCACGAAUGACGCGACCCCCAUACCCACUGACAACCUGGUGAUCUUGGCCCUCCCAGCGAAUCCGUGCUCAGUCUUUGACGGGUCAGGGGCGAGCGCGACCUACCCGUGCGAUUGCGGCAGCGCUUUGUGCACAAACGGCGAGAUAUGCACCAGCAGUAUCGACAGCUGUGGUUCAGCAUCCCCGACGCCAGCUCCCGCACCGACGGCUGCGCCGACAAUCGCGCCCCCAACAGAUGCACCGACGCACUCGCCGACUGCAGCACCCACAGCUGCACCAACUGCACCGACGGAUGCGCCGACUGCUUCUCCGACAGUUGCACCGACAGCAGCGCCGACGGUUGCGCCCACUGCUGCGCCGACCGCAUCCCCAAAAGAAGCACCGACGGAUUUUCCAACCGCAGCUCCCACAGCUGCACCGACGGGGGCGCCGACCGCUCCCCCGCCCGCGCCGACGGUUGCACCGACUCCUGCGCCGACCGCAUCUCCAACAGCAGCGCCGACUGACUCUCCAACCGCAACUCCCACAGCCGCACCGACAGUUGCACCGACUCCUGCGCCGACCGCAUCUCCAACGGCACCGCCCACUGCUUCUCCAACAGCAGUGCCCACAUCUGCGCCAACGGAGGCACCGACCGCCCCCCCGCCAGCACCGACAGUUGCACCCACUGUUGCGCCGACCAUAUCCCCAACAGCUGCACCGACCGCUUCCCCGACAGGUGCACCGACAGCAGCGCCGACGGCAGCGCCGACUUUCGCGCCGACACCUGCGCCGGCUCCUCCGCCGACCGCUGCGCCAACGCCUCAGCACAUGUGGGCGACCGUCUCGGGCCCGUGCACUGUGGACGGCACGUGUGUGCAGAGCCCGAACCAUCCGAGCAACUACGGUGGAAACCAGAUGUGCACGAUCGGAAUCGACGAGGCGAACGCAGCUCCGAUUGUCGUGGAAGCCUUCAACACGGAGUCCAACAGAGACUACCUCAUUGUCAACGGAGCAUACUACUCUGGAACCUCGGGUCCCUCUGGAGUCACGCCUUCAGCCAGUAUCGUAUGGUCGUCCGACCGACGGAAGUCCAGCAGUGGGUGGAGAUUGUGCAUGCCAGUGUCAACUUCUCCACCUCCGCCGACUGCAAAGCCCACGCCUGCGCCGACAGGUUCAUCGACACCUGCGCCGCCAGUGGCGCCGACUCCUGCGCCGGCUCCUCCGCCGACCGCUGCACCGACGCCCGCUUCCCAGCACAUGUGGGCGACCGUCUCGGGCCCGUGCACUCUGGACGGCACGUGUGUGCAGAGCCCGAACCAUCCGAGCAACUACGGUGGGAACCAGAUGUGCACGAUCGGAAUCGACGAGGCGAACGCAGCUCCGAUUGUCGUGGAAGCCUUCAACACGGAGUCCAACAGAGACUACCUCAUUGUCAACGGAGCAUACUACUCUGGAACCUCGGGUCCCUCUGGGGUGACGCCUUCAUUCAGUAUCGUGUGGUCGUCCGACCGGCGGAAAAGCAGCAGUGGGUGGAGAUUGUGCAUGCCAGAUCGCCGUUUGGAGGCCGCGGAGCCAAACAAGGCGGCCUUUGCGUUGACGGCGCCGACCAUCCUCGUCUGA